UUAGGUGAUGCUCCAAAUUGAUUCUUAUGUUGGAUACAAAAGUUUUGAAUGAAUUAAUGGAAACACGUUUCAAAUACCACUUAUUGCAUUCUGAUCAACAUGUUGCAUCAACAAUACUUCUGCUUUCAUAAACCUUAAGCUUGACUUUGUUAACUUUUUGUUGAUUGAUAAAGGCAAAACACUUUUAACAUUAAAGUAUAAUCAAAUAUUAUCAAUUUUAUCUUCGAUAAUGGACUAGAUAGUUUCGAAAAUUAAUAUUCACUUAAUCAGC